AUGGAGUCCAGCACAGCGAGAUUAGAGUCCCCUCAGGUCCAGGAAACUCCGGGCCUCAAACGCAAGCGAAGUCCUAUCAACGAUGAGCCUUCAGCAGUGAGACAGGGACACCCACCGCCUCCAGCUGGAAUGGUCACGCCAAUUAAUUAUCUGGUUAGAGCGAGGCCUCAGAAGUUGGGCCUGAUUGAGGGGGAUGCGGAGACUUUUGGGGAUGUCUUGGAGAUGAUUGAUAGUUAUGAGGGUGUAUUGAACAGACAUGAAAGUCUGGCAGCUAAUCUAGGGGCUAAACUGGUCGGGCCUCUGCUUCUUAAGUCUUUUAAUAAAUUGUUUGAUGGUCCCAUUAGAGUUAUUCAACCUGCAGCGGCUUUGGAGCAGAGUAUUGGGUGGCAUGAUAUUGUCACGUAUGCUCGAGCUAGUCCUCAGGAAUUUAAGUUGGGAGAAUACUCUCCUGGAGUCAUGAGCUGUCGUAUUUGGGUCAAAGGAGUAGAAGUUGAGAUUUAUGAGGAUGAUUUUAGGGUGAUUAUGUCUGGUGCUCCGGAAAGAGUUAUACCUACGCAACCGAUACCUGAGGAUGAGCUUGCGGAGUUGGCGACUCUUAAUAUUCUGGAAGGCAGACUGGCGAUAUUGAUUAAGAAAGCUGAUGCUGUGGCGAGUAAAGCAAGGCAACUCAAUUACCACCUCAAAGGCAGAAAAACUGGAGUCAUAAGUCGGAAAGCAGCAGAACAACAACCUCAAGUCAUGCCAGAACCACUUCAAGAAAAUCGACCAUUCUCACCGCAGCCAUACCCAAACAUGACACCCAGACCACCAGUCUUCACCAACGGCGACUCCACCAAAAUUCAACAACGCCUCCUAGAGCAAUACCUGUCAACCACCCACUCCCAACCCCGUCCCAAACCUCUCCGCGGCACAACCGAAACCACCAACACCCAACCCAUCUUCAUCCCCACCACCGAAAGCCGCCGCCUCUCCCACCCCCUUACCUCCUCCGACGACGGCAUAGAAGGCCAAUACCGACUCCUCAUGGCUGCCAAAAUGGAAAAGCUCGCACGCGGCGACCCGAUCUAUCCGCCCUGUGACCGCUGUCGCCGUCUAGGUUUCGAUUGCACGAAGAAUCUGACCGCGUGCUCGGCGUGUACGAAGAAGCAUGCGAAGUGUGCGUGGAAGGAGAUUCGGGAAGGGGAGUUGGGACAGGUGGCGACGGGGAGAGCUGAGAAUGGGUUUGUGGUGGUGGAGAAUGGGGAUCCGGGGUUGAGGGUGGGGGAGGAGAGGAGGUUUGAGGGAUUGGGUGGUGAUCAUGCUACGCUUGCGAAGAUUGCUAGUGCGGCUGCGGCGGCGGGGAGUCGAUGA